CCGCCCCACCCCUGCACAGCCUGCCCCGCCGCGCCAUUUCUGGCAGACACGGAAGAGGGUCAGUUGCAGCGACAGUCCCACAAGGAUCGUUUCACAGCUUUAUUUCUAAUUGAAGACAACACAAUACCCAGUAACAGGAGAAUUGUUAAAUACGGUCCCAGGUGUGGCUCAGGGAGAGCUAGUCCAGUCUAGGCAGCUAGGGACCGAAGGCGACCCUCUUGCUCAUCCUUGCAGUCACAAGUAAGGAUUUUAACUGCUCUGACGGGCUGUGUAGACCCAACGUCAUUCAGACUGCCCAGUGACUCUGCUUCCGCUCCCAUCCCUCUUACUGAAGUGGCUUCUUGAGCUCAGAGAGGAUAUUCACUUAGACCUCCAGAAGCUGGAGCCAGGAAAUGGACGCAGUGGCUGUGGAGGAUGUGGCUGUGAACUUUACCCAGGAAGAGUGGGCGUUGCUGGAUCUUUCUCAGAGGAAACUCUACAGAGAUGUGAUGAUGGAGACCUUCAGAAACCUGGCCUCAAUAGUUUCUCGAAACCUUAAUGACGGAGAAAAGCUAUCCAGUGAAAAUAUAAUAGUACGAUUCAUGAAAAAUGACACCUGGUUCUCCAUGGUAGGAGAAAUCUACGAAUCACAUGGCAGUGAAGAUCAGGAUACCAACCGGAACACACAUGUGAGAAGGUGUAUGGUAGAGAACCUCUGUGAAAGUAAUGAAGACCAUCAUUGUGGAGAGACCUUCAGCCAAAUUUCAAAUCCGUCUGUGCUCAGAAGAACUUCUAUGGAAGCAUAUCCUUCUGAAUGCCUUGAGUGUGGAAAAUCCUGGGUGGAUCAUUCAUCACUUAAGCAUCAGAUCAGAUCUCACUCUGGCUGCAAUGUGUAUCAGUGUAAGGAACGUGGAGGAGCCUGCAGUUGUCCUUCUUACCUCAACACUCCUGGGAAAACUCUUACAGGAGAGAAACCCUAUGAAUGUAAGGAAUGUGGGAAAGCCUUUAGUUGGCCAUCACACCUCACUUCACAUGUAAGAACUCACAGUGGAGAGAGGCCUUAUAUAUGUAAGGAAUGUGGCAAAGCCUUUCGUCAUUCUUCAAGCCUCACUAAACAUCUAAGAACUCACAGUGGAGAGAGGCCUUGUGAAUGUAAGGAAUGUGGCAAAGCUUUUAACCGGUCAUCCUACCUCACUACACAUAUACGAACUCACAGUGGAGAGAGGCCUUAUAAAUGUAAGGAAUGUGGCAAAGCCUUUCGUCAUUCUUCAAGCCUCACUAAACAUAUAAGAACUCACAGUGGAGAGAAGCCUUAUGAAUGUGAGGAAUGUGGCAAAACUUUUAAUCUGUCAUCACACCUCACUUCACACGUAAGAACUCACAGUGGAGAGAGACCUUAUAUAUGUAAGGAAUGUGGCAAAGCCUUUCGUCAUUCUUCAAGCCUUACUAGACAUAUAAGAACUCACAGUGGAUUGAGGCCUUACGAAUGUAAGGAAUGUGGGAAAGCCUUUAGUCAGUCCUCACACCUCACUAUACAUACAAGAACUCACAGUGGAGAGAGGCCUUAUAUAUGUGAGGAAUGUGGGAAAGCCUUUCGUCAUUCUUUAAGCCUCACUAUUCAUAUAAGAACUCACAGUGGUGAGAGGCCUUAUCAAUGCAAGGAAUGUGGGAAAGCCUUUCAUCAGUCCUCAAACCUCAUUGAACAUAUAAGAACUCACAGUGGAGAGAGGCCUUAUGAAUGUAAGGAAUGUGGGAAAGCCUUUAGUCAUGCCACAUCCCUCACUGAACAUGUAAGAACACACAGUGGAGAGAGGCCUUAUGAAUGCAAGGAAUGUGGGAAAGUCUUUAGUCAGGCCUCACAUCUCACUAUACAUAUAAGAACUCACAGUGGAGAGAGGCCUUAUAUAUGUAAGGAAUGUGGAAAAGCCUUUCACCAUUCUUCAAGUCUCACUAGACAUAUAAGAACUCACAGUGGAGAGAGGCGUUAUGAAUGUAAGGAAAGUGACAAAACCUUUAGUUGUUCCUCAGACCUCAUUGCACAUAUAAGAACUCACAAUGGAGAGAGGCCUUAAGUAGGAAAUGUGGGAAAGUCUUUAGUCAGUCUCCAGUGCUUACUGAACAUAAAUAAUUUCACAGUGGGAGAGCCUAUAUGAACGUAAGGAAUGUGGGAAAGCCAUUAGUUAUUCCUUAUCCCUCACUAAAUACAUAAGAAAUCACCCUGGAGAGAAACAUUUUUAAUAUACAUAUUUUGGAUUAGGAAACCCUGGUGGCGUGGUGGUUUAAGGUUCGGCUGCUAACCAAAAGGUUGGCAGUUCAGAUCUACCAGGUGUUCCUUGGAAACUCUAUGGGGCAGUUCUACGCUGUCCUAUUGGGGCACUGUGAGUCGGAAUCGACUUGACAGCAAUGGGUUUGGUUGUGGAUUGAAUUGAGUCCCCCCAAAAUAUGUUUUGUAAAUCCUAACCUUUAUGCCUGUGCUUAUAAUCCCAUUUGGGAAUGAGUUUUCUGUUACGUUAAUGAGGCAGGAUUGUAUAGGGUAUGUCUUGAGUUAAUCUCUUAUGAGAGAUAAAAAGAUUAGGCAAGCAGAGAUGGGGGAAGACACAUGCUAAGCCACAUGAAGAUCACCAAAGAGCCAAGGAAUAAGGACCUUCCCCAAGAGCCAGCAGAGAGAGAAAGCCUCCCCCUAAAGCCGGCAUCCUGAAUUUUGGCUUCUAGCUUCCUAAACUGUGAGAAAAUAAAUUUCUGUUUGUUAAAGUCACCCCCUUGUGGUCUUUCUGUUAUAGCAGCACUUGAUAACUAAGAUAACAUGGAAUGUGGGAAAUUAUUUUGUGAACCCUCAAACCUCACUAAUCAUAUAAUAAUUCCAAAUGGAGAGAGCCUUUAUAAAUGUAAGGAAUGUGGUAACGUUUUCAGAUGCCCCUUAUCCUUUGGAACACAUCUGAGAAGGACACUGGAGAGAAACAAUAUAUGUUUAAGUAACGGGGGGUGGCUUUAAUCUCUUAUUUUAUUAUUAUUAUUUUUUGUCUACCUGAAAGAAGAUACAUGGCAGAGAAACCAUGUAAGUGUAAGGAAUGUGGGGAAGUUUUUGUUUUCCUCUGCAUAUUUUCAAAGACAUUCUAAUUUACCCAUAUGGGAAAGCUUUCACUACACAUAUGAAAUUUGAGUAGUGACACUGGAGAGAUGUUAUGUAAAUGUAAGGUUCCUGGGAGCAUCUACAGGUCUUUUUCAGUUCUUAGACAACUUGUCAGAUAUUGCACUGUGGGUAGAUCCUGUGAAUGUAAAAGAUGAUGGAAGCCUUCAGUGUCCCUUUUCCCUCAGGACGCCAGUGAGGCCUCACAAGCUCCUGUGACUAUAAGCAUUGUGCAAAGGUUUCGUUCACAUUGUUUCCAUUUUUGUGCACAAGGAAAUUCAUACCAGGGAAGAAGAAAUCUUAUCAAAAUUAGAAAUAGGGAAUUUUCCACUGUCUUAUCCCUAUGUGAAUUCCCAUUUUCAGUUUUCUAAUUUUUUAUCCCUGUGUGAAUUCCCAUUUUCAAUUUUCUAAUGUAACAUUAAGGUGAAAAAUAUCAGCCUAAGUCUGCUUUUCAUCCUAGGGUGUGAAUUUUGAUAAGUAGUGUUUGCAUUUUUCUUCAUUUAUGUAAAAAUUCUCUUUGUUAGGAAGUCUCAUGAACAUGUGUGUUUUGAAACAUGUUUUUGUGAACUAUGUUAAGUUUCAAUAUAUUUUUUCAGAGUAUAAAGCAGAAUGUUUUCAUUGUAGAAAAUUUGACUUUAACUAGAAAGUGUAUGGAAAAAACAAAAAUCACUUAAAAAUCUUACUGCUGUUGGUGUGGUAAAAUAAGUUCUUUUAUGUGGUCUUUUGACUUGGUUCUUUGGAAAAACAGCUUGCCAGAUUUUUUUUUCCCCUAAGCCCUUGGGAUGUUACCUUUGCCCUAGUUUUCUUCUCCAGAGAGUUUGUUGCUUUUGUCUGGGUUGAUUGACGUUUUCUGGGUAAGCUGUAAACAACUUGAUGGUUUAUUAUUUUUUGUCUAGCCCUGGGCUGCAGUCUGCCCUAUAAUUGGCCUGUUUUACACACUUUGCAGGGAUUGGUCGGUUUAUUAUGCAAAUUGAGUGAUUUUCGGUCCACUGAAGGCAUCGGUGACAUUGUGGUCCUGCUGGGAGGGCCAUACCUUGAGGUUGACAAGGAGCUUGCUUAUAUAAGCAGCCAACCCACAGGGGCUUUUAGAGAAGCAAGAAGUGAGAAGAAGCAGAGAGAAAGGAGGCAAGGAGCCUCCUAAAAGAGCUGUAACACAGGUCAAGGGCUGUAACACUGAAGCUGGCAGUGAGCCCUGAAGGGGACCUGUGGCAGCGUCGGCGGUGACAGGCCUGGGAGGGGCCCUGCAGUAGAGUUGGCAGCAACUGAAGGAAGCUGCUUCUUAGAAAGCAGCUAAGAGAGCUGAGCAAGCUGCUAUGCUGGUUAUGAGCUGGGCCAGUUAGCAGUGGAGAGGCCAACAAAGGUAGGCCUGCAUGGCCUGGAGGGGGCAUGCAAGGCAGAG